GCAACCGGAGAGAUUCGUAGCAUGUCGCCCUUAGUUACCGUUGUCCGUGGUCCUACUCGAAGAAAUGCGACUUCUCUCUAGUAGGCGACGGGCGGCGGUGGGCGAUGGCCUACUGCGAUCCAAGAUGCGUCGCCGGCGAUGUGGUUAUUCUUAGCCCGUGCACCAAGCCUACUGUCAUUGUUUCGGGGGGCUCCGAUUUGGGCUAUCGUUGAUUACAUCACAUCGGUAAUGGGCGCGCACUGACUGCUGCACAUUUCCAUUGUGCACGGAGCUCGGUGACAACUGUACCGUGCAUCGCAAAUUAGAGCACCUCAUGUCUCAUUUGCGAUUCGGUAAAUAGAAAUUUCAAAAAAGAAAAACAAAAAAUGGUCGACCACCUCCUGCGCCAUUUUUUUUCCUUCUUUUCGAUAUUGCGACAGGCGUUCGCGGCUUUGGCCGCGAAAUGCGAUCUUCAGUUUGGUAAUUGCGCUGCACCAGUUCAGACAAACAUGCUGCAACGGACCGUCGAAGCCGGCAAAGUCUUUGGUAGAACCGCUGCCAUGAUCCGCAUCCGCCUACUACUACUGCUAGUGCUGAUUGCGACGAUCAUUCCGAGGGUUAGUCCAGGGCUGGGCGAUAGCGGCAACGGCACUGUCAGCAUCCAGCACCGGCUGUAUCAGAGCAAGCAGCUGCUGAUGGACAGCGAGGCGCAGUUCUUGGCGCUUAGUGACAGCCACCAGAAGCUGGGCGGCGAUGGAUUGAUCAGAAGCGCCAGGAGAAGUCACCAGCGGGAGCCGAAGUUCAUCAGCUUUACGACCAAAAACGACAACAUUGAGGUCGAAAUAGACUUUGCGAUCCCGUUUCUCACGAUACCUGUUAAGGAUUCCGUCGACGGAGUGAUGGGCUCGAUCAUGAAGGGCGUCCCCGCGCUGAACGUGAACGUGGGUGCAGUCAUUCUGGCGGGCGUCCUUGCCAUCGCUGGAGCAGUUCUAGGCGUUGUGGUGCGACUGUUCAAAGGCGAAGGUAUGAUGAAUCCCAUGGCAGCGCUCGGUCUGAUGCAACAGCAACCGGAGAAGAAAGAACGAGCUAGCGAUCAUCCCGACCCGAGCACCCUGUGGACACUGAUGGAAGCGGUGGACAAGAGCCUGCAGAAGUUCAACAUCGAUUCGACGGCCUGCAGCCAGCGGGCGGUCUGCUGGUACGUCAAGGAAGCCAUGAACAACGUCGUCGAGAGGCGGGCCAGCCGGCUGGACACCGUGAUCAACGGACUGAGCGAAGCGGAAUGGGCACUGAAAUUUACCACCGGUACGGCGAUCGAAGACGCGAUCCGGACCGGACGACGAAACCUCAACUGCGGGCAAGCGUAUCCGUCCUGUCGGAUCAAGGCGGAUACGGUGCGGAGGAUCCUCAAGCAUGCGACAAGGAAGUGAUCUUCUUUAGGGUUAAGCAAGGUUACACGACACUGUAGUGUUGAUGGGCCACUCGUUAGACUAGUGUAGCCGAAUUUUAUCUUAGAAACUAAAUAAAGGUCUUGAUCAGUACAAACUAAUAUUCGAACGAUUCACGG